CCAACCCAAACUAAAUUCAAAGAUACAAACAUGUCACAUGAUAGCAUGCCUCUUAACCAAGAGGAAGUUGUUCGUCCCACUGCCAACUUUCACCCCAACGUUUGGGGAGACCAGUUUCUAAUUUAUGAAGAGCAAACUGAGGAAGAUGAUAUAAAUCGAAUUGUCGGUGAUCUGAAAGAAGAAGUGAGAAAAGAUAUACUGGCAGCUUUAUAUGUUCCAAUGGAACAUACGAAACUGUUAAAACUAAUCGACACAAUCCAACGUCUUGGAAUAGCCUACUAUUUCGACGAAGAGAUUAAGCAAGCCUUGCAACAUAUAUAUGAGAAAUAUGGUGAUAACUGGACUGGUGGUAGCUCUUUCGUUUGGUUUCGACUCAUGCGACAACAAGGGUUCUACGUUUCAUGUGAUAUUUUCAGUAACUACAAAGAAAAGAAUGGAGCUUUUAAGGAAUCGUUGACCAAUGACAUUCAUGAGAUGCUUGAGUUAUAUGAGGCAACAUAUAUGAGGGUGAAAGGAGAAGUUGUACUAGAGGAAGCUCUUCUUUUCACAAAAACUCAUCUUGAAAAACUAGCAAAGGAUCCUGUUCGGUGUAACUCUACUCUUUCUAUACACAUACAGGAGACACUAAAACAUCCCAUACAGAGAAGGUUGCCAAGACUUCAGGCAUUACACUACAUUCCUUUCUACCAAAAACAAGCUUCUUGUAAUGAGUCUUUACUUCAACUUUCAAAGUUAGGGUUCAAUCUACUUCAAUCACUGCACAAGAAAGAGCUUAGUGAAGUUUCCAAGUGGUGGAAAGGUUUUGAUGUCCCGCACAAGGUACCUUAUACACGGGACCGAUUGGUUGAAUUGUACUUUUGGGCAUUAGGUGUAUACUUUGAGCCACAAUAUUCACGUGCUAGAAUUUUCUUAACAAAAGUGUUGGCAAUGUCAACGAUGAUUGACGAUACUUAUGAUGCUUAUGGUCUUUUUGAAGAGCUUGAAAUAUUUACUGAAGCAGUUCAAAGGUGGUCGACUACAUGCUUAGAUAUGCUUCCAAACUACAUGAAACCAAUAUACCAAGGACUCUUGGAUGUUUACAAAGAAAUGGAAGAAAUCAUGGCAAAUGAGGGGAAUGCAUAUCGUGUCAACUAUGCCAAAGAGUUUAUGAAAGAGUUUAUAAAAAGCUUCAUGUCAGAAGCAAAGUGGGUUAACGAGGGCUACAUACCAACCAUGGAGGAGAACAUGUCAAGUAGAUUCAUAAGUGGUGGCUAUAGCAUGCUUACCGCAGCAUCUUUUGUUGGCAUGGGGGAUAUUGUGUCUGACGAGUCGUUCAAAUGGGUUCUCACGGAUCCUCCUAUUGUCAAAGCUGCAUGUGUAAUUUGUAGACUCAAAGAUGACAUUGCCUCUCACAAGCAAGAGCAAGAAAGAAUACAUGUCGCAUCUCUUGUUGAAAGUUACAUAAAGCAAUAUGAUGUCACAGAGGAGUAUGUACACGACUUGUUGUAUAAGCAAGUCGAAGAUGCAUGGAAAGAUAUAUCCCUUGAGGCCCUCAUAUGUAAAGAUGUUCCAAUGCCUCUACUUAUGCGUGUAAUCAACUUAGCACGGGUGAUAGAUGUAUUAUACGAAAAUAAAAACCAUUUCACAAACGUGGGAGAAGAACUGACAGAAAUUAUCAAAUCUCUAUUUGUUCAUGAUAUGAGUAUGUAACUUAUGGUUCUCCGACCUAGAUGCACUCCACAGUUGUUUAUCCGUUAUUUCAAUUUUCAAAUAUGGUUGAAUAAAACAGUAAGUUAUUUGUUAUUGUAUUACGUACCAUGUUUAUGUAUUGAAUUUGA